UUGAAAGGUAAGUGCAAGUGUGAGAUCUAAGGUAAUAGCUUGUAAGCAUGAAGCCAUCUAGUGUUUCUUUAGUUUCCGAUCUUCGAGUUAAAAAGGAUAAGUUUUCAGUUUUACACCCAGAGAAGACCCAUGAGAGGAGGACAUUGUUUCUGAGCAAUUUUGAUCAAAAAUUUGUGCAUUAUGUCAUAAAAUAUGUGCACUUUUUCUCUGCUCCAUCACAAAUACCAUUUGACUUGAUAGUUGCUGUAUACGCCGAGGUGCUGAGCAGACUCAUGGCUGCAUACGACUUCUUAUGUGGGAGACUAACUUUUAAUUCAGAGCAAGGGAGGUUUGAGAUCGAUUGUAAUGAUGCAGGAGCGCCUUUUGUCAUCUGUUCAAGCGAGCUAAGUUUACAAGAGUUGGGGGAUAUCACCAUUCCAAAUCCUGCAUUCUCACAACUUUGCUUUACCUCGGAAUCUUCAAAUCGAACACUAGAAAAUGAGCCACUCCUAUCCUAUCAAAUGACUCGGUUCAAAUGUGGUGGCUACUCUCUAGGAACAACUGUAAAUCAUGGUGUUAUGGAUGGGUUUGCCCUAGAAGGGUAUGCAAGAAAUUUUACGUGCAUGGCUGUAAAAGGUGAACCAGCAUUUGAACCAGUUAUUGAUCGAAGCUGCUUGAAGGCUCGAUCUCCUCUCCAGAUUAAGUACGAGCAUGAGGAGUACCUAGACCCUUCCAAAACUAGCCCACAUCUGAUUCUUUCGUCAAUAACAACGCAAAGAAACAAGGAGAUGUGGCACGCUAAGAUGGCCCACAGAAAUGUCCCGGAAGCAUAUGUACUCAAGUCGUUCUUUGUAUCAGGAAAAAUGGUUGAAACCCUAAAAAUGAAAGCAGCAGAUGACGGGGUGAAGCAGUGCUCAAGUUUUAUGGUAGCUCUAGCGCACGUGUGGCAGACAAGGACUAUCUCAAUUGGAAACAUGAAUGCACAAGAUGUUUCCACCGUUCACUACGCAGUAGAGACAAGAUCAAGGUUUGUUCCUCCUCUUCCAUGGGAAUUUGCAGGUAAUGGAACAGUUACGGCCUGUGCCAAAGCCACUGGAAAACAACUGCAGGAAGAGGCAUUUGGUGAGAUUGUGAAGAAAUUACAGGAAGGUUCGGAUAGAAUGACAGAUGAGUACUUGAGGUCUUCAAUAGACUGGUUGGAAUUACAUGAUGGGGUACAAGGUUUGGAGAAUGGAUUUCUUGCAACGAACUGGAAGCAUCUUGGAUUUGGAGAAAUUGAACUUAAGGGAGGCUUUAAGUCUUUGUAUGGAGGACCUGUGGUUUCGGGGGGUGGGAAAAUUGUAGUAUUUUUACCACACCCAGAGGACAAGAAGGGGAUGCAGUUCUACCUGGGUUUGGAGGCCUGCCACAUGGACAUAUUUGAGAAACUUAUAGAGACCGUUUGAUCCCAUCAAUGGAUCCUAGAGCAUCCUUAUGAUUAAGCACAUUGCAUCUACUUGAAUCUUUUGAGUUCUUUCACAAAUGUUUAUUUGAUAUUAUCUUUUGGGAUUUAUGUCUAGCACUCUUAUGAUUAAAGCACAUUUCAUGUACUGAAUCUUAUUUAUAAUUUUCAGCAAUGAUUUGAGUUCUCCGGUUUA